GUGACCGGCAAGAAGUACGGAUGGAAGUCUUUGAAGCGCAUAAAGGUUGGCGUUUUGAAAGAGGGUUGUAGGGGUGUCUCUUAUUUUUGUUUGUGGCAUUAGUUUCCGUAAAGAUGAAGUUAACAAUAUCCCGGUAUUGCGUUAUGUUGUUCGUACAGUUUGGCCUCUUAUUUGUUGACAUCUUAGUGAACUGUUUUUCUGACUUUGCUCGGAAGAGCAGCGUAGUUGUGUUAUUACUUUUCAUAAUUCAAGAUGUUUGCUUAAUAUUUGCAUUGAUUUCACUGGUCCUCAGUUUUUUUUCUACGUAUGCCUUCCAGGCUGGUCUGAUUGAACUGCUGUAUGACCGGUUCCGAGCUACAAUUAUCAUCAGCACGGCAUAUCUCAUCCUGACUAUCACCUUACACAGCUGGUCGCUAAGUGAACGAUGGGGACAUCCACUGGGGCACAUAUGGCCAAGUGGUCUGAUCUGGCUAUAUGUUAUUCAGAGACUUUUGGCUGUGCUGUACUAUUAUCACUACAAACGCUCGAUGCUGCGAAUUAGUGACCCUCGGUUCUAUGAGGACUUCGGGUGGAUGAAACAGCAGCAUGAUGGGUCAUGAAACCCAAGUUUAAGAAACAGAUCAGUGUUGGCUGUGUCCAGCAGUGGAUGCCAAAAAUAUGACAGGAAGUCAGGGUGAUCUUCUCUGAAUUACGUGAAGAAGUCAAGGGACAUGGUGGCAAGAAGUAAUUAUGAUGAAUAUUGUGCCAGUCCAGAGUCAGCAUCUUUAUUUUGUAUGACAAUUUCUAGCAGCAACCUCAGCUUUUCUGUGUAUCAUGAUACAAUAAAUAUGGCAAUAAUGUGUAAGUUUUGAGGUUUUCACGGCAGUGACUAUGAAGAAAGUCGUCUUCUUGGAUCUGGCACCGUGUAUUCUUGGUUUUUACCGACGUUUCGGAGGAACGUAUCGCCUCCAUCUUCAGGGCAGGUGAGUUGAAUUGCGAAUACAGAGCAGUAGCUGCAUUGCAGCUAAAAACCAAGAAUACACAGCGCCAGAUCCCAGAAGACGACUUUCUUCAUGGUAAUAAUGUGUUUUAGUAAUUUAUGAAUAAAAUUGAAACCUCAAAUAGUAUUACAGUAAUAUAAAAAAAAAUUACUAGAAACAUUCAGCUUCAAAAGAUUUCACCAGUGUUUGCAUCUGAAUUUUUCAGCGAGAUAUGUACAAAACUACUCACAUGUUAAACUGAGCUGCAGAUGGUUCAGCAUUUUGCUGUCGGUGCCACUUGUCUUAAGCAUGAACAUAAAGACAUUAGAAAUCUUGUGUUGAGCAAGUGUUUGCACAGUUUACCAAUCUUUGUGUGUUUGUCCAUUUGCAUAAAAAGAAAGUAAGAAAAUAAUACCUUUGAUGGCUGUGAUAGGGCUGUUUCAAGGGUAUGUGCCUUGAAAGAAUAGUUUCUGAAAGGCUCUCUUUAGAUAUUCUAAUACCUAAAACUGGAUUUGAAAGGGUUCAUGUAGGUGUUUAUGAUUAAUUGAAUGUUUUAGCAAUUAUGUUUAGAAACAAAUCAAAAUACUGGUAUUCUGUCGAUAAUUUGUACAACUUUUGUGAGAACAGUAAUUUAUUUGGUGAAUAAUUUAGAUGUACUAUAGAUGUUUGAAAAUAACUGCAAAACGUUUUGCCUAUAUGAAACAGCUCUGUUUUGACUGAAUAUAGUAUAUGUUGAAUAACUGAUGGUCUCAUUAAAAUUUGUACCAAAUUACAUUUCAUAUAAAAUAAUGUAAGCCAUUA